CGCGCUUGUCUGGUCAUCGUCAUCACAGGCCAGAUUUGUUGCUCCGUGUGGAUAGAGAGUGUUCGAGAGGUUUGUGAACGUCGAGAUUAUGGUGUGGAAUUAUCUGUGGGAUCCGUUUGAUGACUUCGACGACAUUUUCUACCAGAUCGGGCACAUGCUGAUCGAUCAUGAUCUUGACUACAUGAGCGACGAAGAUUUCUAUGACUGUUCUAGUGACUCAAUUAGUGACUCGUCGGAUGACUGUCCGUUCAUGCUGGCUGCUCUCUCUCCAGAGAAGAAGAAAUCACGCCAAGACAGACGUCGACGUACGAAAGAGCAGCAGGCAACGAGGCAGGCACGGUUGCUGUUGGCAACUGUUUACCAGCAGAGCAAAGACGAGUCGAGCUAUCUGAGUCGUUUGCCGCAUGAAAUUGUGUCAUUGAUUUUGAGCUACUGCAAUUGCAGUGAUAACGACUUGAGAUUGAUGUCUCAAGGAUUUGAUUAUGUGGGGAUGACAGUGACUGUGCCUCUACCGUUGAGUAGGAGUAAGGUGGACGUGAUGAUAGGGGGCGUGGUCACAAAUUAUGAUGUCGACUGUGACGAGCAUCAGCUUUGUUUGAUCAAUGGAGAACGAGUCGUGGUUCAAAUUAAUGGCAUUGGAAAGAAUGGCUGUCAUGUUCAGUUCAGUGAAAACUCUGAUCCUUCAUGUGACAUCUCUUUUCCAUCGUCUCCUAAUGAGAUCACGCGUGAUUGGAUACAACAAAUCCUCAAUUAUUCCAGCAAUUUUAAUUACAACAUUCAACCUGUUGCUACGGACACUGGCAACACGUGCCAGGCCUGCAGCAUUCAUGUUCAACCUGAAGAUCCAGUGGAGGCAGGACUUGACUUGUUUGUCAAAUUUCCGCUCCCACAUUCCACGGUUACUGAAAACAUUUGGCAGAGUGGAUGCUAUCAGCGCGAGGCGUACUUUUACAGCUCACUGUUGGAGAAUACGCCCACGAGUUUGCUACCUUUCGUUUAUUGUGUUCAUUGUGAUUUUGCGCAGCGCCAGAGUGUGAUUGUGCUGCAGGAUAUGAGGAAAUUUGGAGAUGUUGUGGAUGCCAGUAAUGGCUUUUCAAGCUUGCACGUAGCAAAAGUACUUCAAUCUCUAGCUCUUCUUCAUGCAUCUUGGUGGAAUUCCCCUUUCCUUGCUAAGUAUUUUGCUGAAUCUUCUCUUGGUCACCAUCGUCACAUCACCUUUACUCCUCUUCAUUCCCUCUCCAAGCAUCUAUCAACUGCCCUCUCUCUACUAAAGGAACAUCUUCCAGAAUCUCACCGCAAGGAAGCCGACUACUUGCUUCAAAACAUUCAGUUCAUUUACAUUCGGUUUGCUCAACGACCGCUCACUCUCUGUCACUGUGACAUCAGGCCAGACCAUACUUUUAUCCAACGAUCACCUCCACAUCAUGCUGUCUUUGUAGACUGGCAGCGUUGCGGCCCUGCAGUUGCUAUUCGUGAUGUCACGACCGUUUUAGCUGGAGCUAAUCAUGAAGACACUCGAGGAGAAGUUUGGUAUCGAGAGGCCGUGGAGUAUUACACCACAGAGUUGAGUCGUUGUGUUCGUGGAUACGCACUGGCAUCCGACUGUUAUGCUGAUUUUCGUGUCUACACUCUGUUGUACAUGUCUGAAUUAGUAGUCGCUUUACGGCGUGCGCAGCAGGAUAAACGUGAUGCUCGGCAUGUGUCGUAUAUCGAGACGACACUGAAGCGAGUCAUUCAAACAGCAAUCACUGUGAAGGCAUUUGAUUUGCUCAGAACGUAUGUUGAUACAACGAAUCUGUUGUCACCGAGUGUGGGUGGUACUCCUCCUCCCACUUGUCGUCACGGUGAGCCGGCUGUACUUCGACGCAUGCUCAGUGGUGUAAAGCAAGGGCAGCUGUUUUAUAGCUGUCCACGUUAUGAAAUAGGAAAGGAGUGUUCGUUCUUCAUGUGGACAUCAGGGAUGGGAAGGGUUCUGCAGAGUGGAACGCCAUAUUGUAUAGUUCAUGAAAAAUUCACUGAAGUGAGAUAUUCAUUGCUGCCAGAGAAGUUGGGGAACCGAUACUUUAGCUGUGCAGAAUAUGAGAAUCCAUGCAAGUUCUUCAAGUGGGUUGUGGACGGCACUAUACCGGAGCGCAACGCUAGCAAGCCUUCAUCUGGUCAUGGUCAAGUUCUUUGUCGUAACUGGGCUCAGUCUGGUCAUUGUCGAUUUGGCAGUAGUUGUCAUUUCAAGGCAUCACACACACCAGCCAACAGGUUGAUGACAGCCAAAGGUCGUGGGGAAAAGCCAGCUGAAGGAGUUGGAAGAGGACGAGGAAGAUAUUUCGUAUCAGCGUACCCACGAAGACAGGACGAAAGAAAGGCUCAGGCAGUGGAUGACGGCAGAAAGGACAGAACAGGGCCCUCAUUGGGACCAAAGUGUCGUUACUGGGCAAAGUCAAGAAGUUGCCCUUAUGGAGAAGGAUGCUAUUUCAGUUAUUCACACACGUAAACUGCAGUGACACUUUGAUUUUCCAGGCACAACUGUUAUUGCCUUGUUUCGCUGUAUGGUAAAAUCGAAGUUGUUGCAGUUGCAGGUACUGUUAAUGAAUAAUUAUUAAAUAUAUCGAAUUGUUGGUUA